AUGCCUACACACUUCAAGUUGAGAAGGGCUUUUGUUCUCAAAAGGCUUCUUCCAACUGGUGUAUUGUUUGUGCUGUGCUAUGUGGUCUUGCGCAUGAAUGGUGUGCUUUAUAAGCCAACGUCAUCAAUGAUGUUGGAGAAUAUUCUCAAGCAGUCUCCUGGCAGAGAAUCUCUAUUCAUAUCGCCAUUCUCGAGGUUUAUCCCGAGAUCUAAACUUUCGAAACUUCUAGCACAGCAUGAAAGCGUUGACAAAUGGGCAAAUAUGACCCUUUCAGAGCAAUGCCAUUUUUACUUUGCCACAACUUACAAAGAUAGCACCAAAUGGACUAAUGAUCACAUUAGAGUGUUCUAUAAUGAUGAUGAUUUAGAUAAUGCCAUUCUUUCUAUGGCGGUUGAAAGAAUGCGAGUUUUUGAUAAAUGUUUUAUCAAAGGUGGCUUAUCGCUUGAAUCUGUUUUGGGGGAUAUUGACAUGGCAGAUUUUCAGCAUCGCAUGUUUCCCUUUCUACGCAACUUCAGCAACUUCGGUGAGCUGUGGCCAGAAAUUCUCCAUCUCAAUACAGGUGAGCAUAUUCCGCGAUUCUCAAAUCCAGCCAACCUAGAGAAAGAUUCAAAAUUUGCAUAUACGAAUUCACAAUCCUUCUGGCAGAACUGGGCCCGUUUUUCCAGCAGUAGAGGUUUAGUGAUGACCCUUGGCGAACGGCAUAAGGACAUUUUUCUUCGGCUCCUGCGAGUUUUAGAUCACAAUGGUAAUCGGUUGCCUAUUCAAAUAAUCCAGAAGGGCCCCGAACUCUCUAAUGAAUUUAUUGACUCUGUCUCAAAUUUCUUGAAGUCCAGCCAACAGCAGGUGUACAUUGUAGACUGUUCUUCUCUGUUGAAUCCGGCCUAUCUAGAGGAGGCACUUACUUAUUUUGUCAAUAAAUGGCUGGCCGUUGUUUUUAAUACCUUCGAAGAGGUAAUUACUCUUGAUGCCGAUGUGGUUCCCUUCGUUCCCUUGGAGUCAUUCUUCGAAAAUCACAAUUAUAAAGAGAGUGGGUCCCUAAUGUACAAAGAUAGAAACAUGCUGAAUGAACACACUUUUGAUUAUUGUAUUGACAUGUUCAAUUCUCUUGAGCCAUCAAGGGAGGCAUCCGUUCUCAUGGGCCAUAGCAUGAUCAUAAAUGCCACUAGUGUUGUACCUUCUUCGCGAACGUUCCAAAAUGAGCAGGAAAAGGUUUACUAUAGAUUCUUUUAUGAUAAAAUACUGCACAAUGUUGACAGUGGUUUGGUGGUUCUGAACAAAAAAGAGAAAUUGAGCAGUCUCGUCCUUUCCUUUAUUUUGAAUCUGGAUGCAAAGGUAAAACGAUGCGUCUAUGGGGACAAAGAGAUAUUUUGGCUGGGUCAACUUAUUGCUGGUGAAAGUUACUCUAUAGAACCAAGAGAUGGUGGGGCGUUGGGUCCAAUCACACCGCUUUCUCUUGAAGACGAAGGCGUGAAAGGUUACGCUAUCUGCUCCACUCAAAUAGCACAUGGUGAUGAAAAUAACACACUAUUAUGGACGAAUGGCGGACUCAAGACCUGUAAAAUAGCAGAAGCUGCGGCACUUGAUUAUCAGAAACUUCCCGAAUAUUUUGGAGCAAAAUAUGAUAGUGAAGAUCAACUACAAGAAGCUUACAGCCAACCAUUAAAAAUGGAUGGUUUAAUAACUCCGGACAUUUUUGUAAAGCCCUGGAUUAGGAAAGAUGAAUGUCAGGGCUCUAUGUACUGUGCCCCCCUUGUUGAGAGCAAUGCAGAUGCGGCCAGAGAAGGAGAUAGUUUUGUGCGAUUUGAUCAAGAGCUUUCAAAGCAAUUAAAUGAAAUAUCUGGUGUUUGGAAUCAAGAGUCAUAA